AUGGGUGCACCGAAUUUGGUGCACGAGUUCCGCGACUUACGCAGAUGGAUGCCAGAAGGGAUGACCGCAAAGGCUUUUUCGGAAAAUCGCCCACUUAAUAGGUAUGUCGACGUGCCUUGUCAAGAUUUUCGUCGUGUUAUUCUUAAAUGGCCCGGAAUCGAUAACGACUAUAUCCACGCAAAUUAUGUGAGCACACCCAGCAAAGAUCAUCAUUUCAUUUGUACUCAGGUAUCCCAUGACCUCAUACUAUUUACAUUUUUCAUGAUUUUAUAA